GCAAGGUCGCGUUGAGACUUGGAGUCUGCCUUACCACAGGACCAAUCGCUCCGCUCGCCGGCGUCAACCCCCCGACAUACCCCAUCGGAUGUCGUGACAAGUCCGGCUACACCAAGUGCUGGUCCUGACAACACCAUAUCUGCUUUCACAGUAAUUCCCGAGUUAGUUGCGAGGUCCGUAUCCCUUCGCGGUUAUACCCGUUACUGGGCACCCAGCAUGCCAUCCCCGGACGACCAAGCGCUGCUGGAUCGGCUAAGUGCCCUUAGGCCUGGCGCCGCUGGCGGCAUCAGUCUGGAAAAGUCGGCAAACGCCGUUUCCCCUGGCCCCAAAGCUCAACCGGUAUCAAGAGAGGAUGCCUUAGCGGAACGCCUACGACUGCUUCGGAGUCAGCAGCCGGCUAAAAUCAGCCGAGAUGAGAGCGUCUCCCAGAGUACUGGCUUCCCGCAACCGCCGGGCGCACCGGGAGAUGAAGGAGUCGGCAGAGCAGGCUCGGCUCCUGUCGAACCGCCGCCUGGGGACCUAAGUCGGGCCACCAAGCAUAAGGCGGUCAGUAAGGCAUCCUCGGUAUCAUCGCCGAUUGCUUCUCAGAUUGCCAAUCAGAAACAGGAUCCAUACUGGGUACCCGAGGCCGGAGCAGAUGAUGCAGAUGCUUAUGUUGAGCUUGAAGGCUUCGAGCAAGAGCAUUUCGACCUUGCUGCGGACGACGAUACAACCAGUAAUCUAGAUUCCAGCAGGGACGUAAAGGUUGCAGAGCUGCUCGAGUCGCUCCAGAACAACCCUGGAAGUUCCAUGUCCCAGAGAGUGGAGGACACAUCGUUGGAAGACCACGAUGACUCGGACGGAGAGCAAAUGACCCAUGCCAUCCAGGCGGUACUCUCGCAGAUAAGUGACGAGAUCAAGUCGCUGCCCGCACCCCCAGGCAUGCUCGAGCAAGGCACGCCAUCCGAAGAAACUGGAGGUGAGCAAAAGAGCUUUACAGCCACCAGCGGUAACGAAUCGCCGUUAGCCCUACCCGCCGUUCCCUCACAGCUCGUCGACCCAGUAUUUACUACCGAAGAGGAAGGCGCCUUCGAGAAGGACAUCUCCGCGCGCCUGGCCUCUCUAAGGGGUCUCGGAUCCCUCGACGAGCUCGGGCUCCCGUCAGCACCAACGUUUCGGCCCGAAGACCGUCGCACAUCUUCUACUAUUGCCGGCAAGGGCUUGCUACGGUCGAAUAAAUACACGGACGAGGACCAAACGACGUGGUGUGUCGUGUGUCUUGAGGACGCGACGAUCCGGUGUGUGGGCUGUGAUAACGACGUGUAUUGCGCGCGAUGCUGGAAAGAGAUGCAUGUUGGGCCGUCGGCUGGGUACGAUGAACGCGGACACAAGUGGCUGAAGUUUCAGCGGCGUAGCCAUAGUUGAUGCAGUGGUGACAUUUUUUGCCCGCUCACAUACCGGUCCGGUCAUACAUGAUACAUGAGCCCGCUGAUGCGCCCAGAGCCGUCAAUACUCGCUGAGGUACUUCCCAAUAGUCCUGGGAUAGAAAUGCCAGUCUCUGUGUCACGCCACUCAAGAGAAGCUUUGGACACAUUUCAGUU